AUGUUGGGCUCCUCGUCCGGCAUGCCGGCGCAGAAGUCGUACACCACACAGGCGCCCGGCUCACUCAAGCCGUCCACAGCAGCUGGGCGGACAAGUCUUGAUCGAGACGGGGGCCUCCAGCCACCGGGCGCGUCCAAUGUAUCGCGCAACAACCUGUCGGCUUCUGCCGUGUCCUUCGGGGCGAGGAGCAACAUGAACUCCUCCCCCGCACCGGGCAGCUUCAGUUCUGAACUUCGCAGCCAAACCUUGCAGUCGCGAGCAGGUUCCAGGGUCGAGACAUAUGGUCAGGACCAGCUAGAUGAAGACGAGGACGCAGCGUACGAGCGCGCGCUGAAUUCCGCCAAGGAUGCGCUCAACCGUGAGAUCAAGAUCAAAGAAGGCAGUGAAAACCUACUGGAGGCGCUCAAUGCGAAGAAAGCCAAGGUCGCCAAGGAGCAGCGCACGCGUGUCGAGGCUGAGAUAUCAGCAUCCAAUGUGAGGAUCCGCCAACAUCAACAACGGGUUGCUGAGCUGCAGCGCACGAAAGCGACCCCCGCCACGCCGAUCAAGGGAAGAAACGAUAUACCCCAACAGGUUGGAUUGCAAAGGUCCCCGGGCAGCGCAUCCCGCAGUGACGAUGGCUCAGAGGACGACGAACCAACCGAGUCUCCCACGUUCGUAGUCGCCGAAAUACUGCAGGCGCUGGAAAUGGAGGGUAUGACACCCGAAUACUACGUCAGCAGAGCAAACAGCCUUGUGGACUUAUUCAAGAGGCACCCUACCAUCAAGUACGAUCUCGUGUGGUCGAUUUUCGGCGACCGCAUGCAACUCAUGCUCUUGAGUGGGAGCAGAGAGGUGGUGGCCGCCGCGUAUCGCGUGCUCCGCUAUUCCAUUUCUGACAUAUCUUCACUCAAGCGCAUCCGCAAUCUCAACACUGACUACAUGGUGGUGGUCUCGUUGGCAAAGGAUCGCAAGGCCGACGUGGAGCGGGAGCAAGCCCUCAAAUUCGUCCGGGCGUUCUUGGAUGUCAAGGGCGGUGUCAGCGAAGUCUCGCGAGGGCUCGUCCGGACUAUCGGUUCAGUCGCCGAAUUUGUGGAAGACCGCCUCCGCCCAAUUUGCAUCGAAACUCUGGCCGAGAUCUUGCUGCGCGAUCCCGCACUUCUGAUCGCUUCUGGAGGCUUGAGUCCGCUGUCAGAAGCACUGGCGGAGGGCACAUACAAGUCACCAGAAUCGCUCUCUGCGACAUUUCUAUACUUACUCGACAAACCUCAGACGCGUGUCUACCUGCGUCCAGGAAAUCAUCUCGAGGUCUUGUUUACAGCCUUCACAGACGUUAUAUUUUCGUACGAGGCCAUUGUCAAGCAGAACUCGAAAGCCAUUUCGUCCGCACUUAAGUCAUGGUCAGGUCUCAUGAGCCUGUGCAUGUACAAUCUCGGCGCCGUCGCCUCGUUGAUUUCGAGCUUGAUGCUACCGAAUCCUGGCAUUCGAGACACGGUCAUUGAUAUGCUUUACUCAUUACUUCGCAUAAAGCCUCCAGCGUGGGCUACCUCAUAUCUCGCUGGCCGGCGACUCACGACGUAUGGUCGGGUGGCUACCCUCAAGGCGGCAGCCCCUACAAAAACCUCGUCCUGGUUUGAAGAGGAUGGUUCGGAACAGAAUUUUGUUGAUCACUAUACGGCGAUUCUUCUCGCGACCUUCAUCAAAGCUGGAAUGAUGCCACAGCUACUACUGGUAGCACAGGACACCGACGAUCCUACACUGAAGCGCAAAACGACCCUUUUGAUUGGGGAGACGCUGAAGCUGGCGAGCAGGCUGCUGCCAUCUUCAUGGAGUAGUGAGCUUCAACUGCUGCCUGAGCUGUUCUCGGUGGCAGCACAAUUCGAGAAUGACGAGGCUCGCUUCAAUGCCACCGGUAUCGUAUACCAGAUCAGUAGCGUGAGUCGCACACUCUACCGCUCGUCACCGUCUGGUCUCAACUCGGGUUAUCUUCCAUCGACCCGAACCAUAGAGCGACUUGGUUCCGUGGACGAAACCACGAGGCCCGGAGUCUCCAUCACCACCGACGAUGCCACUUUCCGCCAAAUGCUUAUCGACUCAGGAGUACUGGGAAGCUCGAAUCCCACGAAAUGGAACUGGGACGUCAUGUUGAAGAUCAUUGAAGGCCCUCUGCUCAACGGAAAACGGGUGGAGGAGGCUAUCAAGGCCUCGAAGUUCCUAAAAAGAAUAUUCAGCUUCUACCGGCCAUUCAAGUACAGGUUCGCAGAGAUCAAGAACACGCGCAAUACGCAAAAGUACGUACGCGUGGGCUGUGCGCUGAUGCACUCUCUGCUCCAAACCGUGGAGGGCACAAGAUACUUGACGGACAAUAAGCUGCUGCGGCAAAUCGCCGAGUGCCUAGCACAAUGCGACCCGACAAGUGGCAUCACUGCGCAAUACCCAAUGUUUUCGCCUGAUCGACUAACCGACACAUUGUGCUGUGGCUACUUUCCCAUGAUCGGUGUCCUCACGGGCUACCGGAAGGGCAUGGCGAUGUUAGAGAAGUGGCACAUAUUCAACAUGAUGUAUCACAUUGUGGAUCUUAAGCAGCGUCCAGAUCUCAUCAAGCUGCUGCUCUCCAACUUCGAUUAUAGCAUUGCUGGGCAUGCUCGCGUUCUGCUCUCGAAAGCGUUGACAGCAGGCACCAAAGACAUGCGGAUACACGCCACAAACGCACUCAGAAAGUACUCGACUCUGCAGCGACUAUCGCCAACCGGACAGGUCAUCUCAGACUCGAAAUGGGCCAUACAGCUUCUGGUGACGCAGCUCUAUGAUCCAGAGGUCGAGGUGUGCGCGACUGCCGUGAAGAUACUGGAGAAGGCGUGCAAUAGCAAGCAUCUCCUUGAGUACAUUGUGGAAUGUCGACCUGCCCUCGACCAUCUUGGUGAGAUAGGUGCGCCUUUGCUGCUGCGGUUCCUGUCGACAUCUAUUGGAUACCAUUACUUGGAUAACUUGGAUUACAUCAGCAAUGAGAUGGAUGACUGGUUCCUGGGCCGCAAUGACGCGUACGUUGGCUUGAUUGAAGCAAGUCUGGCGCGAGCCUUUGUGGACAAUGCCGACGAGCACAACAAUCGCCUGAGCAUGUACGAUGACGACCUGGAGUUGGAUGCAGAUCAGCACAUACCACCACACUUCUACCGCGAACUGACCAGGACGAAGGAGGGGUGUCGGCUCCUCGAGGACAAGGGCCACUUUGAAGAGUUUGCGUCCACCAUCCGCGAGCUCGGUAUGCAAUCUGAGGAUCCGGAGAUUCUCACCAAGGUGAAAGGGUGCCUAUGGGCCGUUGGCAACGUUGGUUCAAUGGAGCUCGGCGCGCCGUUCCUCGAAGCCACAGAUGUGGUCGAGCACAUUGUGCAGAUUGCCGAAUCACACGAUGUCAUGAGUCUACGUGGGACAGCGUUUUUCGUGCUCGGACUCAUUUCAAGGUCGAUCCAUGGGCUUGAGAUCCUGUCGGAGCACGGAUGGGAAUCCAACACGACCCCGCUCGGUAACUCGCUGGGUUUCUGCAUUCCCAAAGAUCUGUCAAGGUUCUUCUCUGUACAGCCCUGGAAGUACGAGAGCCCAACCAUGAUACAGCUCCCACAUUCUCAGACAACUCUAAGCCAAACCAUCGAGGGCGCACCAGAGGAUGAAACAAGCCGGCGGGUGAUGGAGCUCAUGGUUGAAAUGGGCGACAUGGUGAAGUACAAGAAAGCCCGCCAUGAGCUGGCGCAGAUGCGCGGCAAAAAGGACAUGGCAUUCCGCCAGCCUGUCCUGUUCCGGCGCGUGCUAGCAUUCUUGGAAACACACCACUACCGACUACCCGAUCGGCAUCUUGUGAUUGAGCUGUUUGACAAGAACGUGCUGCGGCGUAUCGUCUAUGGAGACGACAGCGACGAGGAGGUGGAGAGCAGUUCUGGAGACGAGCAGCGCACGGAGCGGCAGAGGAGCAUAAGUGACCCUUCUGAGCUUGGCCUUGGUGGUUCGGUGCCUGAGAUUCAGGCUUCAUUCUGA